AUGACAUGUGGGACCCAUAGCUAUGGCCUAUGGAGAGUACGCUUUUCAGACUUAAGCCACGUGCAACCGCGUCGGGUGAUCCUCCCGGUCGCUCGUCUGGACUCUGGAGAAUUCAAAAUUUCCCCACUUCGGCACUGCAACCGCAAGCACUCCCACUCGUCUCCGCGCCUCCAUUCACCAAUGAAAGCCUCCACCGCCGCGGGCGAUCCCUCGCCGCCGCCGCCUCGCCGGUGGCUCUCUGGCCUCGUCUCCGGCGCCGGCCGCCUCCUCGCCGCCGUCCUCGACCCGGAAUCCUCCGCCUCCGACACCAUGUCCUCCUCCCCGGAUUCGUCGCAAUCGCCACCGCGCCGCGAUCAGGCCACUGCCGAUCAUGGUAUUGGGAAGUGCUUUCCUUCUGACAGUCAUCAGCUAAAUUUGACUGGCAAGGAGAUUGUUUUGAAAGAUUCUGGUGAAGGGUCACUUGCAGUUGUCUCAGAGAUGGAUCCAAAGGAUGCUGUAAAGCAGUUGCUUAUGCAGGAAACUUACUCAUGGUCGGAGUGUGAUGCAUUAAUAAAGAUAAUUCAAGAGCGCAUUGUGGACUCAGACGAUGAACCUGCUGUUGUUCUUCCCAUUGCUUGGCAGGCGAACACACAGCAACAUCCUGUUGCAUACUCUUCAAGUCUGAACACCUCUGUCCCUGCAGUUUCGAAUCCUGCUUAUUGUCCAGUGUUUGACAACGUUGUUGAGAAGGAAUCGAUGAAGAAAAGCUCAGCUGUUGCUGAAGGUCCUCGCACCAAUAGUCAUGACCGGAUUCAGCGUGCUGUGAAACGAAGUUAUUCUAACACAGGGAACAAUACUUUCGAAGAGUCUCGAAGAAUCAGGCCAAAGCGAAACAAAUCAAAUUCUCUUAGGAGUCAUGGAGUUCCAUCCAAAGAUGCUACUGCUAAUGCUACCAAUGCACCGAUUGGACUUCCAGAAGAUGUCAGGGCGCUAUUUAAAGAUAUUCCCCUUCUUGGGACUAAUAACCUGACAUUUUCUGACUUGGCUUCAAUGGGUAUGUUGGAUGAUGAACCCUCUGCUGUAGCUGCUGGUGCUCAACACUUCACUUCAACCUCUUGUCAAGCUGACUGGGAUAAAUGUGGUUCUGGCAUGUCAUAUCCAUAUUCUAGUCGGAAUCAGCUGGAGAUAUCUCGUGUCAAGGCAGAACAUUUGGGUGAACCUGUCCCUCUUGAGACUGAUAUGACGCAUCUGGUGCAAAAGAAUGACAUGCGCAAUGGCUCUUGUUCUGUCUCAAACAAAGCUGUGCUUCAAGGUGACAUUGAGGCUGCACCGAGCUCAUCAAUGGGCUUGCAGACAGAAAAGAGCUCCAGAAAUUGCAGCAGGGGAUUCAACUUGCAGAACAGCAUUCCAACGAAGGCAAGGUCACCUGCUAGAAGAACUCGUCCCCCAAAGAACGGUAAGACCGUGAGAUCAUGGAAUGGGCCGCCACAGCAAAGGAACCCAGCGGCGAGACAGGAAUCGGACACGGGCCGCGUUCAGGCGAAGAGGCCAGUUGGAAGGCCGAGGAAAGCGUGGAGGUUUCGAAAGGUGAACGAUACACGUAGACUACAAUUGUAAAGGGAACUCGAGAUUACAUCUAACAUCAGGUAAUUGUUGAUGUAGUAAUUAUUUAGGUCCAUAAAAGAAAACCGAAAUGUUCCGUGUAGUAGGUAGCACGGUUGGAAAGUUGGAACUUGCAGUGAGUGUGCUGUUUUGGGGUUGCAUGGGUUGGUUACCCACCCAUUGGUGCAAUGUUGGAAGGUGGUUCAUCCGGUUA